AUGAAUCUUGCGACUGUACUAUUUUUGCUAUUCGUUUCUGUCCAAUCAAAACUUCACAUUUUUGAUGCAAAAGUAACACAAAUUCCUGCACAAAAAGGAACUAGAAUUUAUUUUCCCACAAAUGGAGACGAAGCAAGUCUGAAAUUAAUCACAGUGAAAGCAGAGAAAAGCCAAAUUGACACCAACAUCUUUGCAUUUUCUGUUCCUCGAGCGGAUGGUUCGUUGAAUCCACUCGUUGUAACUGCUGAUGAUGAUACCGUAGUCGUCACCAGACCAGAUGGUGAUACAACUCCAGUCACUCUUUUUCAAGAUAGAGUAACAGAAAAUUUGAAUGUGUUUCCUGUUUUUGAGAACAGUGCACUACAAUUCAAAGCUGGAAAGAAUGUCUAUUUAGCAGUCGACAAACCAAAUGGAAAAAUUUUGACGAUCCAGAAUCUGAAAGUUGAUAGACAAAAGGAUGGAUAUCUGCGUGCGUACUCCGGAGUUCCAGGAGAUUUGAUUCCAGAACCGUAUUUGUUCUUCACCAGUGAUAUUUACAUCGAUAUAACAUUCUAUCAACAACUUGACAUUCCGAUCUACGAAUUCUCAUUGGAUCCCGUUUUUGAUGGAGUCAGCUAUACUGUUGGAUUCGGAUAUUUGACUAAAACGCUGCAGUCUUCUGGAUUGAUAAUGUCUCCGGGAUUCCCAAUCACUCAACAACCAAGUGAUAUGUCUUUCAACGUGAAUAGAAAGGGAAAUGAAGAUAUUUCACUUCACAUGAAUACAUACUUCUACAGAUCGCUCUCUUAUAACACUGAAAUCACUGUAAGAUUCGGGUUUGGAGUCGAGAACGUACAAUCAUUUCCAUCAGGACUAAAUGGAAGAUUGGGUGCUUCUGGAAAAAUUAACAGCGUUGAAGUGUCCUCAAUAGGUGCCUAUGCUCUUCAAUAUUGGACAAAUUCCACUGCGACGAAUUCGGAGGGUAGCACGAUUCCAACAGGACAAGGAACAACACCAUCAGUUAUCACAACUACUAAAUCUUCUUAUUUUAUGUCUAACAGUCUUUCUAUUUUGACAGUAAUCGUAUCAUUGUUGAUAGGAUGUUGA